AUAUAUAUAUGCUUUACCCCCAUAUACUCUCCAUCACUCUAGUCCGCGAUUCUUUACUUUCAAGAAGAUGGCAAAAAGAGACGAUGAAACAGAAGGUAUAGAGAAGUCGAGGGAUCAAUAUGGGGAGGAGGAGCAAAACGGAGACAUAAAGAGAGAGACAUGGAUGGAGACGAAGAAGCUAUGGCGUAUCGUUGGACCGGCCAUAUUCGCCAGAAUCUCGACAUACUCGAUCUUCGUCAUCACUCAGGCCUUUGCUGGCCACCUCGGGGAGCUAGAACUCGCCGCCAUUGCUAUAGUCCAAAACGUCAUCAUUGGCUUCAGCAUCGGCCUCUUUCUUGGAAUGGCGAGUGCGUUGCAGACGCUGUGCGGACAAGCGUUUGGAGCGAAGAAGUAUGACAUGUUGGGAGUGUAUAUGCAACGAUCUUGGAUCGUUCUCUUUUUAUUUGCCAUCUUACUCCUUCCUGUGUACUUGUUUGCGUCUCCGAUUCUUAAGUUCUUCGGCCAGCCUGAAGACGUUGCCAAGCUCUCCGGUACCGUGGCCUUUUGGACCAUUCCUACUCAUUUCGUGUUUGCCUUAUAUUUUCCUCUCAGCCGAUUCUUGCAGUGUCAGCUCAAGAAUAGGGUGGUUGCACUUUCUUCUGGGGUGGCACUUGUAGUUCACAUAUUUGUGUGCUGGCUUUUUGUGUAUGGUCUUAAACUUGGACCCAUAGGGACUAUGGCUACUAUUAACGUGUCAUGGUGCCUCAAUGUCCUCAUCUUAUUUACGUACGCCACUUGUGGCGGUUGUCCACUCACUUGGACUGGUUUCUCCAUUGAAGCUUUCACCAGACUAUGGGAAUUCGCUAAGCUCUCUGCUUCUUCUGGAAUCAUGCUUUGCUUGGAGAAUUGGUAUUAUAAGAUUCUAAUAAUGAUGACUGGAAAUCUGAAGGAUACAAAAAUUGCUGUCGACUCUUUGUCUAUAUGCAUGUCAAUAAAUGGUUUGGAGAUGAUGAUACCACUUGCUUUCUUUGCCGGGACCGGCGUGAGAGUGGCGAAUGAGUUAGGAGCAGGCAAUGGAAGAGGAGCAAGAUUUGCAAUGAUCAUAUCAGUGACAGAGUCGUUAAUCAUCGGAAUAGUAUUUUCGAUGCUUGUAGUAUUUCUUCAUGAUCAAAUCGGCUGGAUCUUCUCUUCAAGUGACACUAUCAUAAAAGCAGUUAAUGACCUUUCUAUUCUUCUAGCCUUUACUAUUCUUCUCAACAGUAUCCAACCGGUUCUUUCUGGUGUUGCUGUUGGUUCGGGUUGGCAAUCAUUCGUGGCAUAUAUAAAUUUGGGAUGCUAUUAUUUCAUCGGACUUCCACUUGGAUUUGUCAUGGGCUGGAUUUUCAAGUAUGGUGUCAAGGGCAUUUGGGCUGGUAUGAUAUUCGGAGGAACCGGGAUUCAAACACUGAUACUGAUUUUUAUUGUUAUGAGAUGUGACUGGGAAAAAGAGGCACAAAAAGCAAGUGUGCACGUUAAGAAAUGGUCUGUCUCAAACUCAAGAAACUGAAGAUUGUAUCAGAUAUAUAUAAAUUACACAAGUGCACAUUCCAAAUAUUUAGAUCAUGUCGAUCGUGUGAAACAUAUUAUCAUAUAUAUAUUUUUUUUUGAACAUCUAUCCUAUCGUUUCAAUGACUCAAUCUUACAUGAUUGGUUUAUUGAAAUGGGCAAGUAAUAAGAUGGGUGUAUGAACAUGGUUCGCAUUUGGAUAAAUAACACAAUAAUAACAUAA